GAGCUGUUUACCAUGACUGUUCGGCUGAUAUCGCCUGGCUGCACUGCACUCUUCCUCCUCCUGACAGUGGCGGGUGGCGGCUUGUGUCAGGAACUUCUUCAGCCUCAGUCACGCGAAUGCAACGCCCAGGUUUCCUCCGGCCUCCGCUCAGCCAUGUACUACCCCGCCGAGAUAAUGCAGGUCAACGUGUCGCUGAGCGGUGGUGACUUCAACUCCCUAGAGGUGUACCAGUGUCUGAAGAGUGAAGCAUGGGAUGAGUGCGCCAAGAGGGACCGCCUCGACAUACUGGACGGUGAUACCAUAAGAAAUUUUCAGCGGUUGAAAGCUCGUGCUCAAAACUACACCCACGCUGCCUUGGUCAUCCUGCCGGACGCUACCACCUGCCACCCCUGCACGCUCCAGGUUCGGAUACUGAGCACCAAGUAUGAAGGAAACGUCAUCAGAGAUAGUAAAGAGAAAACCUUCUGUCUUGACAUCACACGGAGGGCGGCACGAAAUUUACGUCUGGGAUAAAGAAGAUUCCUGAAGGCACAGAUGGAGAUGUAGGGAGGGUGGCGGCACUGCAGCACCGCAAGGCAGGCGGCAUCCAUCACACCCCACUGCGCCCCACCUGCCAUCAUCACUGAAUAUAAUGACGUUUUUCUUGAUAUGAAUUCAAUAAUGCUGUAUGAAAAAAUGUAUUAUGUACUAUUGUAUAAUUAAAUAUUUGCAU